AACUUUUCUCAAACAUACAAGAGAAAAACCAGAUGCUAGAAUUUUUAUAAGUUUUUGCUGCAAUUUUUCACCUUUCCCACAGUCUUCUUGUGUGGAAUUUAGGGUGUUCUUGGGCCCUACCAUUUCCUCAAAGAAAGGGUUCAAUAUUCUACCAUAGCAUAAGAAUUUUACUAUCAUACAAUUCCAUUUAUCCGCAAUCUGGUUCUUAUACAAAUCAGGACCAUCCAAAUUGUGAUCUGCCUUUUGGUGGAUCCACAACCUAAUAAUCACAGCCAUCCAAAAAGAUACAGGUUGUUGUGUGCCUUAUUUAUAAGGGACACGUUCGACUUCUAUAACAGAAAGCAAUAAGGUUGAUACAAAAUUUAAGGUUUCUGAGUCCAAUGACAGGGUUCAGCAUUUUCCCUCUUGGGGGUUGUUUUGAUGGUUGUCGAGAUCAUACACAAACUUCAGGAUUCGGCUCCAGGAUCUGGAACCUGAGUGACAGGCCAGUUGAGCUGCAAGUAAGGGUGGGAUCAAUACUGAAAAAGGUUCACACAUUGAAGCCAGGCUCUUCAAAGAGACUAAAAUGCAAGAGCAUAUACAAGGCCUACAUGCCUGGAAGGAGUGGAAGUGCUAGUGCUGGAGGCAUGAAGAGCCUGCUUUAUUACUAUGAUGAGACAUGCCAACCUUAUAUUUGGGUGCAUGACACUGGAGGUGAUUUCUCCAGGAUGGUCAAACAACAGUACAUUAGUCUUGAAGACCUGAGGGAUUAUUCUGAGAUCAGAAUUUUCAGGGAUCAUCAAAGAGGCUGCAUAUCUGUCCGCAAGAAGCCUAGGCCAGAUUUCUGCUGACUCUCGACAUAAUCAAAGUUAUUUUGCAAGCUUAUAAAUGCGUGGCUGAUGGAAUUGAAGUUUUUUCUCUGUCCAGAUUUUUUUCUUCUUUUUUUUUUUUUUGAAAAAAUUCUGUAUUCUAUUGGGUGUUCUUCAUGAAUUCAGAUUGGAUUGUCACCUAUAGCAAAACAUGUAAUGAGAUUACAGACUAUAGUGUAGCUCCUCUAGGUCUUGAUUAAUUCUUUAAUGAUCUGAUAUGUUGUUUGAGGAUGGAAUCAUGGAAGAUAUAGAGAACUCAAGUCUCUAUUCAGCACAGCGCCAUUCCUUGUCUUCACCAUCCAGGAAGAGAGAAUAUGGAAGAGAAUGACUUCCAAAAAUUGUAUGCGAGAGAUUGGAGAAUUUUUUUGUUUCUUUUCAUUUAAUUCUGACAGAAAUUUAAAUUUGAGAUUUCAUAA